GCUAUGAGUUGGUGGAGCACUAAUAAGAUUCGCCCAGGUGGCCGCUCCAGUGCCUCGCAAGCAGCAACGUCAUCCGCCAGCUCAUCCCAGCCCAGCGACGCCGCGGCCACCUGCCCAGGCACCCCACGCACGACAUACCAAUAGGUAAGGCAGUUACCCGCCACAGCAACACCAACAACGCAGCUUCAACAUCACCCUCCCCUCCCUCGCAGUGGAUGCGGCCCUCUCGCGCACCGCAGGCCGGCCUCCCAGCAGCCGCACCGCCAAGAUGAUGUCCUCCACCAACGACGAGGAUCCCUUCCUCCAGGUCCAACAAGAUGUCCUCGCGCAGCUCUCGUCGACGCGCCCCCUCUUCGCCUCGUACCUCCGCAUCCGCUCCCUCUCCACCUCCCCCUCCUCGCCCGAGCUCGCCUCCGCCCGCGACGACCUCGAGUCCGCCCUCGGCUCCCUCGCCGAGGACCUCGCCGACCUCGUCGCCUCGGUCCAGGCCAUCGAGCGCGACCCCGUCCAGUUCGGCAUCUCCGCCGACGAGGUCCGCCGCCGCAAGCGCCUCGUCCAGGAGGUCGGCGGCGAGAUCGAGGACAUGCGCGAGGAGCUCAACAAGAAGAUUGGCGGCGGCAACGCCGGCGGCAACAGCAAUAACAACCAAUUACCCGAUCCCAACUCGUUUGCCAUUGCCGACGGCGACGACGACGAUGAUGGUGAUGGCGGUCAUGACGGAUACGCCGAGUUCGAGCAGCAGCAGCAGGUCGAGAUGAUGCGCGAGCAGGACCAGCACCUCGACGGCGUCUUCCAGACCGUCGGGAACCUGCGCCGCCAGGCCGACGACAUGGGCCGCGAGCUCGAGGAGCAGGGCGAGAUGCUGGACCUCGUCGACCAGGCCGCCGACCGCGUCGGCGGCAGGUUACAGACGGGCAUGAAGAAGCUGCAGUACGUGAUGCGCAAGAACGAGGACCGCUGGAGCAGUUGCUGCAUCGCCGUCCUCAUCUUUGUGCUGAUUCUGCUCUUGGUCCUGCUCUUGAUUCUCUAGGCAGGGGGCCAGGCACGGCUCUCUACCCCUCCCCUCCCUGGAGUGUCCCUCUGUUUGGCGCUUCCUCAUUGUUGUCUUGUCGGGUCAUGGAAGCGGGCUAGUACAUUUUUCACACGGGCGCCUGGAGUUUUAGGAGGAAACCGCCGCCACAAUGGUAUGGCUUUUGUUGCACAAGGCAGCGCCAUCUUUCUUGUUUUGUAUACAUAGAAAGCAGAAGAGACCUAGAUAAUGCCCCAAGACACGCAUGCUCUCUAUCG